ACACAUCUGAGUUAUGCAAAUCGCAUGAUCAAACAAACGUACGCCGCACGAUUUCCUCACACGGAAGCGUGUCUGCAGGAAGCCACUUGGCUACAACCACCACGCUCACGGACGGGCACUUCUGCCACUUCUUUUGGCCGUGAUUCAAAGCUGGGUUUGAUCCAAUCGAAAUUUGGGAUUCUGAACAAAACACGGAAGAUUCAGCCAUGGGAGACCCAGAACCGAGUGGUCUCAACAACCAAGAGAGGGCACCUGAAAAUAGGAAGCGGUACAGUGAGAUAUUCCGGAGCCUGGAUGCCAUAGAAAUCUCAAUUGGAAACACGACGGUUGACAUGUUCACCAACGAUGCUGAUGGCACCGAUGAUGGAGAUGUGACCACAGAAAGAGAGGUCAUUCCGUUGAGUGAAAGUUUCUGCAAGAGCAAAACCAGUUCAGAGAGGCAAGUGCAAGCAGACAUAACAGUUCAGGAGGCAGACAAAAUGCUGAUAAGAUGCGAAGGUGGCAUCGACGCAGCCCUCGAAUAUGCCAAAAUGUGGUGUAAAUAUGUCAAAGAGCUUCUCAGCUGGAUUGAGAAACGCCUGAGUUACGAGACAGAGUUUGCCAAAGGGAUGGUGAAGAUAGCAGAAUCGGGACGAAACGCCAUCCUCCAACAGCACAACAUGCCUCUUCGCAUGCUGUAUGCUAUGGUGCUGGAACACGACAUAAAGAUUGGAAAUUCAGCUACUGAGACCGCAGGAUUGCUCCAACAGAAGGAAUUCUACCAGCCUCUGUCAGCCAAGAAAAAUGAAAUUGAGAAAUGGAGGAAAGAAUUCAAGGAUCAGUGGACAAAGGAGCAAAAGAGAAUGAAUGAAUCCCUGUCGACCCUGCGCAAGUCCCGCCUGCAAUACAUACAGCGCUGCGAGGAGCUGGAGAAAGCCAAGCAGCUGAGCGCCAAGGCAGAGGACGAAUACCAAAGCACCGCCAUCAGCCACCCUGGCAGCGCCAACAAGCAGCUGGAGAAGCGGCGCCGUUCGUGUGAGGAGGCACAAGCCAAGGUUCAGGAGACAGAAGCUUUCUACAAGACGUGCAUCAGCGACGCCAAUUUUCGGCGACAAGAACUGGAGAAAGUGCGAGCCCGGAUCGUCUCCCACAUCCGGAAGCUCAUUUACCAAGGGGAUGAGGUGCUGACGUGGGUCACUUUAAGGAUGUUCAAGCAGCGGCAGACUCAGUCAGAACAGAUUCCGGUGGGAUACCAGUACCUGUCAGAGGUCUGCAAGCCGUACAAAGCGGGUGAGAAAUACCUGGAAUUCAUCCAGGCUCUGCAGAAGAAAGACAUUCACGUGGAAGUGUUUGAAUUUGAGCCGCUCGCUUCUGGAGGGCAGAGGUCCCCUCCCAGCAGCAAAAAGAAGGUGGCAUUGCAUUACACAGGACCCUCUUCCGCAGCAAAGGAUGCCAGCAUGCCAGAAGAUACCUCUAGAAAGCAGUUCUCCACAAACAGCGAACAGAGCGCGAACAGAUCCCUCUGCAGUGACACAGAAAGCCUUGGUGGAAGCUGUGAAUCCCGGUCCCUGGAUUCUCCCAGUUCUAGCCCAGGAAACUCCAACAGGAAAUUGUCGAAAGCUCCAUCCACUGGCACCAUGUCCUCCUCCGAUGAUUUUGAAGAGAGAGAUUCCUUGCAGACUUUUGAAAAUGAAAACGGCACAUCCCAGCAGCAGUUUAAGAACAUCCUCCUCUCCAGCGCGGCGCAGACUCACCGGCUUCGGAAGCUGCGGGGACCGUCCAAGUGCAGGGAGUGCGACACCUUCAUGGUCAGCGGCUUCGAGUGCGAGGAGUGCUGCCUGGCCUGCCACAAGAAGUGUCUUGAGAACCUGCUCAUCACCUGCGGCCACAAGAAGCUGCCCAACCGUGCACCUCUUUUUGGCAUUGACUUCACGCAGGUGCCUCGAGAUUUCCCAGAAGAAGUUCCCUUCAUAGUGGUGAAAUGCACCUCAGAAAUCGAAGCCCGAGCCCUCGGGGUGCAGGGGAUCUACCGGAUAAGUGGAUCUAAAGCACGGGUGGAGAAGCUGUGCCAGGCGUUUGAGAACGGCCGGAGCCUGGUCGAGCUCUCCGAGCACUCCCCUCAUGACAUCACGGGGGUCCUGAAGCAUUUCCUGAAGGAACUUUCAGUGCCGGUGCUGCUGUCUCAGCUCUACGAUGACCUCAUUGCGCUUGCCAAAGAUUUGCAAAAACCUGGGGAGAAGCUGGACGGGGCAGGCUUGGCUUCCGACCCCAUCCAGAGCAUGAAGGAGUUGCUGAGCAAAUUGCCUGGAAGCAACUACAACACUCUCCGGCACCUUAUCGCACACCUGUACAGGGUGGCAGAGAAAUACGAAGAGAACAAGAUGUCCCCAAACAACCUGGGCAUAGUAUUUGGGCCAACUCUGAUCCGGCCGGGCUCAGGGAGCGACGUCUCCAUGUCGUGCCUGGUUGACUCUGGGUAUCAAGCCCAGAUUGUGGAAUUUCUCAUUCAGAACUACGAAAGGGUGUUUGGGAUGGAUGAUCUGCCUUCAUCCUUAUCCCUUGGAUGUGAAAAUUCUUCGCAAGAAGCAUCGACAGAGAAGGAUGAAGGACCUCAGAGCCCAAGCACAGACCAGGCCAUAACUCUAGAGAAUUUCUCCUCCAAGCACGGUUUAAGUGUGAACUGUGUCUCUGAUAACUCGCCUUGCAGGGAAGCCGCCAGCGAGCUGACUCUGGAGGGAGCCCGCAGUCUGUGCAGCGUGGAUGCUCCAGAGAUGAAUACAAGCGCUAGCUCUGAGCUGGAGGACCUGGAGGACUCUGUGCAGGAAAAGCCAGACAGUGAUUCGGAUACGGUCCUAGGGACCCAGCCCAGGUGCCAUUUCAGCCGACAGCCCAUAAAAUAUAUCCGAACGCAGGCAAAAACGAAACCAGUCAUUCCCAAGUCUGCCAGUUUGCCCUUGAGGACUACCACGUUAGCCAAUAUGGCAACAGAGUCUGGUGCAGAAGGCAAUCUGACUGACAGCAGCUCCACGGCAAAGGACGUCCUGGAGGACAGCACCAGCAGCAGGACCAUCUUGACUGACAUGAGCACACUCAAGCACCACUCGGGAACGAGACAGAACCUCAGACAUUUUGAGAUCACGCAGGAAACGGCCAGGAUUGUCUCAAAGUUUAAAGUCAAUGACACUUCUGCAUCUCCUGAGCCUUCUCUGGAGAGCACGGGAGCUACUGAGAAAGCAGAGGACCUCAACCCAGGGACAUACCUAUAGGAAAAAAAAAACAAACCAACAACCCUAAGGGGGACAGAUAAUAGCAAUGGAAAGGGAGAGAGGACUGAAAUCCCCCGCCUGCGGGACCAAGGAACAGCAAUGGGGUGACAAUAACAUCAGAUUUGUAUUUACCAUGCGGGCUAGAGAAGAGGCACCUGCUGUAAACUACCUGGGCUCCGAGCUAACCCAGGAUUUAUUUGCUUUUUAUUAAUUAAAGCCAUAUGAGUGAUAAGAAGCAAGCUAAAUGGCGCUCUCUGGAAUCCACCCUGCUUUGCACGAAGGAUGAAUGCGCAAAGUAGAGGAAAGACAGAUUGCCUGGCUAGAAAGAUGUAGCCAGGAGGGAGGCAACUGAAAUGUAAGACAUUUGGGCACAAACCAUUCCCAAAUGGUCAUUUUCCAGCAGCUGCAACAAGCACUGAUUUUUGGUCAUUUUUAUUCCACAGCAUUUUUGAGUGUAACUCACUUUUUGAGUGUGAUAGAACAGGGUACACAGGCAAAGCUCACGUACUCUGCAUCCUUUUGCUUCCAUUGUCGGAGCUUCAACUUGCUAGCCCGCCCAAAGCCAUCCCGUACAGGGAAUGGACCAGACACUGCCGUACUCCGAGCCAGACCCCAUUUCUCCAGAACAUUCUCUUUCCCCCAGAGCACACCGAGCUUCUGUAAUACCUCCACGGGAAGCUGCUGCUGUCGUGAAGAAGGCAAAGCCCUGAAGCCCAGCAGAUAAGAAGAUUUCUUGUGUCUUGCUCUGACUUGCCAGGUCUCCAUCUCCCUUACAGCUGGGUUACCCCAGUGCUCCCUUCUGCCUCCUCGGAGGGGAUUUUCUGUCCAGCAAAUUUUAACAUGAGGACGGGGAGAACUCUGUCCUGUAGUGCCAUCUCGUGAUACAUGCAUGCAUGCAGAAGACAGGCUUCCGAUCCUGCUCACUCCCAGGCGCAGCUUUGCAUUAGAGCAUCGGCAGUGCUGCAGAUUGCUGUGGUGUUCGCUUGUGUGCACCGUGUGAAACGCAGAUGACACCGGGAAAGCUUCUGCGCUAGGGCAGGUUUCUGCGAUGACCAUCUGCUGCAAAGACACCAGGAGACGUGCAAAGAAACGAGAGCGAAACGCUAAAGGAAAACAUGACACUUCCCCCAAACAGCUCGAGAGGUUAAGCAAUCUACAAAUUUCUUUCGUCUCAUCAACAGACUAUGUUUUGGUCCUGUUUCUUAUCAAGGUUGUAAAAGAAAGGCUAAGGAUCUAUUCUGAGUAUUUGUACAGUCCAGACUAAGAGAGUUUCCAUCUCUGGAGUGAUGUAUAUUUGUUAAUACAGUGCUUUAAAUUCUUGAAUACUAAAUUAUCUUUUACGGUAGAACUUUGGUAAUAAAUUACUGGGUGUUUUAUUAUAA